ACGCACAAGAUGAGCAUGUCCACAAAAAUUCUAGCCUUGGGGAACUCGGCUUCUACACCAUUCUUCCUCUCCGCUGCGGACAUGGCAACAGUUCUGUUCAUAAACUGUGUUUUUUCUUGGAGCAAUUCGAAGCAUACGCUAACCCCUCCUUCUUCACAUUCGAUGUGUCGCUCUUCAUUAGAAAAUGAAGCUCUAAGAACAAGAGCUGCUUCGGGCUCGAAAGGAGCUGACUUUGUCAACGGAGAAAGCGAGAAGCGUUCAACUUUACCGUUGAACCGAAGAAUGGUCUUGGCUUCUGUGGUUUCCGUACUGGGUUUUCCGAGAGACAGUUUAGCGGCGGUGAAACAAGGUCUCCUAGCAGGAAGGAUCCCUGGUCUAUCCGAGCCUGAUGAACGAGGUUGGAGGACAUAUCGCAGGCCAGAUGAGAAGUCUGGAGGACAUGGAGUUGGAUGGAGUCCCAUCAUCCCUUACAUGUUCUCAGUGCCUGAAGAUUGGGAAGAGGUACCAGUAUCAAUAGCAGAUCUUGGUGGCACAGAGAUAGAUUUGAGAUUUGCUAGCUCAAGGGAAGGACGCUUGUUUGUCAUUGUUGCUCCUGUUCUGAGAUUUUCUGAUGAUCUUGGUGACGAUGCUAAAAUAGAAAAAAUAGGCGCUCCAGAAAAAGUGAUCAACGCUUUUGGUCCGGAAGUGAUUGGGGAGAAUGUGGAAGGGAAAGUUCUUAGUUACAAUGUAGCAGAAUAUGAAGGAAGAACAUACUACCAGUUUGAACUAGAGCCUCCUCAUGUACUUAUUACAGCUACUGCAGCUGGCAACCGCCUGUACUUGUUCAAUGUGACCGGCAAUGGUCUCCAGUGGAAGAGGCAUUACGAUGAUCUGAAGAGAAUAUCAAAUUCUUUUCGUGUUGUUUGAUUGGGAUCUUCUGUAAAUUGAGAGAUCACAUAAGAAAAGUAUUACGUAUCUUUAGCACAGCGAAAGACUUUUUUUUUUUAUCCGCUCCUUUGUCUGAUUAGUGCGUUGCGCAAGUCUAAAGAUAAUAAAUUUGGAAUCCUAUCGUGUGUAAUUUAGUCAUCCGAUAUGAUGGUUACAAACUGUAUCACAGACCUCAUUUCCCUCACAAAAUACUGUAUCACCUGCAUUUUGAUUCUU